AUAAGCAGAUUGAGUUGGUGCCUAUAACGGACCGUUCCGAUGCCGUUAAAUGCCACGAUGAUCCGAUUGAAUCUUACGUCGAUGCCGUUAAGAAACCACAUGUACAGUCAACGGAUGGUUUCACUACCGUGGCGAGAAAACGACAAUAUAGAUCUACGAGGAAUCCACAACACCGCGGACUGCACGGUGUCAGACGAGAAAAAACAUGCACUUUAUAUGUAAGAAAUAUUGCCAUGGAGUCUGAUGAGACCCCCGGUGAUCUUGAAAAACAAAUGUUAGAUACUAUGAGUCAAUUGAACAUUAGGGCUUAUAAUGUUAAGGUGGUGAAAAAUAAGUAUGCAGAUGACACUGUGGGCAUACGCCUUAAUGUCACCGAGGAAAACAAAUACUACUUAAUGUAUGACUAUGAAUGGCCAGAAUAUGUGACAUGCAGGGAGUGGUUCCGUAAAUCUGGUCCCAGUUACUUUGGUCCCCGACUACGGGCUAAAGGCGUCGGUGAUAGUAUUUGGUCCGUCAAUGAUGAUGGAAACUAAGCAUUGUAUUAAUAUAACACUUAAUAUUCAAUAUGUACGCACAUACAAUAAAGAUCCUGUUUAUAGUCUGUAUUAUUGCACUGGUAUCUUUUCAAAAACCAAACGGUACUUCAUAUUUUUUUAACAAAAUAAGUGGAUCUGAAUUUGAAUCAGGGAUAAAUAUAUGCUCGUGGAAUGCCAAUGGGCUUGGAAC